AUGGAGAUUGGGAAGAGAGAGGGAGCAGAGACAGCCGGGGUAGAUGGAUUGCUAAUAUAGGGUAAGCAUAUGUGUGAGUUAAAAAGUAAGGCUCUACUAAGGGCAAUUGAAGAAAAUAAUGUCCAAAAGUAAUUCACUUUGAGUAUAUUACUCUGUCACACUUUGCAAUUUGCAUCAGAUCGAACCAAAUCUAAUCAUAUGAAGUUGAAAUCAAUUACCGUUGGCUUGACUGGCAAAGACCAUAAAAUAUUUGCCAAAUGAGAUGCCUAUAAGAAGGUUUAUCUUUACAAAUGUGGAUUUCUGGAGGCUCGUCCGGGAUCAAUCCUGAUCGAGGCACUGAGGCACAGAUGUAGCGCACACAUUUUAUUACCCAAGAGCCUAGUCAGGUCAAUUGGAGAUCGUGCUCAGCAGCCACUCACGGUUUUAUACAUUUUCAAUAUCUUCCUCUCUUUUCAGGUAUCACUGUGCUGCUCUCUCUCACAGUCUUCAUGUUGUUGGUGGCAGAGAUCAUGCCAGCCACUUCAGAUUCCAUCCCUCUCAUAGGUGUGUGUUCUCAUAAAGUUUUUUGUUUUGGUUCUGUACUCCAGCACUUUGGAUUUGAAAUGAUACAAUGACUAUCAUUCAAAGUGCAGGGUAUUUUCAUCCAUAUCGGGUGCACCGUUUAGAAAUUACAGCACUUUUUGUGCAUAGUGCAUAAUUAACUUAUAUACAGUACCAGUCAAAAGUUUGGACACAGCUACUCAUUCAAGGGUUUUUCUUUAUUUUUACUAUUUUCUACAUUGUACAAUAAUAGUGAAGACAUCAAAACUAUGAAAUAACACAUGGAAUCAUGUAGUAACCCAAAGAAAGUGUUAAACAAAUAUAUUUUAUAUUUGAGAUUCUUCAAAUAGCCACCCUUUGCCUUGAUGACAGCUUUUCACACUGUUGGCAUUCUCUCAACCAGCUUCACCUGGAAUGCUUUUCCAACAGUUUUGAAGGAGUUCCCACAUAUGGUGAGCACUUGUUGGCUGCUUUUCCUUCACUCUGCGGUCCGACUCAUCCCAAACCAUCUCAAUUGGGUUGAGGUCGGGGGAUUGUGGAGGCCAGGUCAUCUGAUGCAGCACUCCAUCACUCUCCUUCUUGGUAAAAUAGCCCUUACAAAGCCUGGAGGUGUGUUGGGUCAUUGUCCUGUUAAAAAACAAAUGAUAGUCCCACUAAGCCCAAACCAGAUGGGAUGGCGUAUCACUGCAGAAUGCUGUGGUAGCCAUGCUGGUUAAGUGUGCCUUGAAUUCUAAAUAAAUCACAGACAGUGUCACCAGCAAAGCACCCCCACACCAUCACACCUCCUCCUCCAUGCUUUACGGUGGGAACUACACAUGCAGAGAUAAUCCAUUCACCCACACCGCGUCUCACAAAGACACGGCGGUUGGAACCAAAAAUCUCCAAUUUGGACUCCAGACCAAAGGAGACAUUUCCACCGGUCUAAUGCCCAUUGCUCGUGUUUCUUGGCCCAAGCAGGUCUCUUCUUCUUAUUGGUGUCCUUUAGUAGUGGUUUCUUUGCAGGAAUUUGACCAUGAAGGCCUGAUUCACACAGUCCCCUCUGAACAGUUGAUGUUGAGAUGUGUCUGUGACUUGAACUCUGUGAAGCAUUUAUUUGUCCUGCAAUUUCUGAGGCUGGUAACUCUAAUGAACUUAUCCUCUGCAGCAGAGGUAACUCUCGGUCUUCCAUUCCUGUGGCGGUUCUCAUGAGAGCCAGUUUCAUCAUAGCACUUGAUGGUUUUUGAGACUGCACUUGAAGAAACCUUCAAAGUUCUUGAAAUGUUCUGUAUUGACUGAACUUCAUGUCUUAAAGUAAUGAUUUGCUUAUUUGAGCUGUUCUUGCCAUAAUAUGGACUUGGUCUUUUACCAAAUAGGGCUAUCUUCUGUAUAACCCCUAUCUUAUCACAAUACAACUGAUUGGCUCAAACGCAUUAAGAAGGAAAGAAAUUCCACAAAUUAACUUUUAAGAAGGCACACCUGUUAAUUGAAAUGCAUUCCAGGUGACUACCUCAAGAAGCUGGUUGAGAGAAUGCAAAGAGCGUGCAAAGCUGUCAUCAAAGCAAAGGGUGGCUACUUUGAAGAAUCUCAAAUAUAAAAUAUAUUUUGAUUUGUUUAACACUUUUUUGGUUACUACAUGAUUCCAUAUGUGUUAUUUCAUAGUUUUCAUGUCUUCACUAUUAUUCUACAAUGUAAAAAAUAGUAAAAAUAAAGAAAAAUCCUUGAAUUAGUAGGUGUGUCCAAACUUUUGACUGGUAGUGUAUAUAUUAAAGUAGAAAAAAAGUUAAGUAUUUGGUCCCAUAUUCAUAGCACGCAAUGACUACAUCAAGUUUGUGACUACAAAUUUGUUGGAUGCAUUUGCGGUUUGAUUAGAUAAUCGUGAAUGAAUCGUGAAUAAUGAUGAGUGAGAACGUUAGAGACGCACAAAUAUCUUACCCCCAAGACAUGCUAACCUCUCACCAUUACAAUAACAUGGGAGGUUAGCAUUUUUGGGGGGUAUGAUAUUUUUGCAUCUGUAAUUUUCUCACUCAUCAUUAUUCACGAUUCAUUGAGGAAUAUCCGUAAUCAUGGUAGCAUCCACAUUAAUGUAGAAGUAAAUCCAAAGUGCUGGAGUAUAGAACCAAAACAACGUGUCACUGUCGCAAUACUUUUGGAGCUCACUGUAUGUGUGUUAGAGUGUAGCGUGUGUGUGUGUGUGUGCGUGCUUGAAAUAAUUGUCCCAAAUGUUGGUCAGGCCCUGGUAAUCUAACCAUCUGUUUGUCCUUAAAUGUAAUUGACUAAAUUAUGUAUGGUGAGCUCACUGCAGCCAGACAGAUGAGUUGCCCACCUUUGACAACUAAAACACAAAUCCAGUCCAUUAAAGCCCAAGAAAAAUGCCAAGUCAUGAUCAGCAAGAAAACCACUGUUAGCAUUAUUGUUAUUACAAAUGGCGUCCUCUCUCUAAUCUAAUUGUUUUCUCUCUUUCCUGCCCCCCUUUCAGGACAGUACUUUGCCAGUACUAUGAUAAUUGUUGGGAUGUCAGUCAUAGCUACAACGGUGGUGCUGCAGUAUCAUCACCACGACCCAAAUGGAGGACAGAUGCCCAAAUGGGUAAGGCCAGAGCUCAUGCUGCCCAAAGACAGAUACAUUUGACAUUUUAGUCAUUUAGCAGGCGCUCUUAUCCAAAACAACUUACAGGAGCAAUUAGGGUUAAGUUUCUUACUCAAGGGCACAAACAGAUUUUUCACCUAGGAGGCUCAUGUAUUCAAACCAGCGACCUUUCGGUUACUGGCCCAAUGCUCUUAACCGCUAGCCUACUUGCCGCCAGUCAUUACUAACUAUUAGCAUUUCCCAUAGGAAAACCCGUCACGCUUACCCCCAUGUGCUCACCCACCAACACCUCCGUGGCUGGUCUCCUGGUAUACCACAAUGCAACAGUUUUUCCCAUUAUGGCUAAUGCUAACAAGCUAACUCUCUUGGUUUACCAUCAUCCUUUGGUAUAGCCAUUUCCUCUUUGCUGCAACUGGCCAAACACUUGUGGGUUGUUCUUGAACUGCAGUGGCAUUUGGACAUGGCAUUUGGGAAUAAUUUCUCUCUAUUUUUUUAUUUAAUUUAAAAUGUAUUUGGGUGCAUCUUCCCAUUCUAAAUAAACUAAUAUGGUAGCUUAAUUACUUUAAAUAAUUUGUAUCAUUAUGAUAACAUGUGACGGUAACACCAAUGACAAAUUUGAGGUAAUUGAGAAUUUUCUUUAAAAAUGAUUUACUAAAGUGAUAUGAUUAAUAAUUUUGCUCACAAUUUUGCUUUAUUUAAUUUGAGUAACACCAAUGACACAUUGUAUUUAGACCCACCAAAUUAUCAAUGGAGUCCUCAAAUUUAGCUCAUAAUGAUUAGCUAAUAAUUUUCUUUAAUAUAGACCCUUCCCCAAAUUACAGUUUGCCACUAAAGGGAACCCUCAAGGUCCUUGUAUCUCUUUGUAAUGAGUGAUUUUCAAGCUGGAAAAAUCAUUGACAUUAAACUUUUAAACACCUAAAAACUUUUGUUUACUUUCUAGCAUUCUAAAUAAUCAAUAGAUCUCUCUAAAUCUCAAAAACAUGUCACUACAACUCUACUCAUCACUACUGGGACAAGCCAAUUUGCAUUAAACAAUUUGCUUCAAACAUUCAUUAACAUAAUUUUUUAUGCAGUAUGUUUUGCAGUAUAAAGGACUUGCAUUGUUUUAUUGUUGAUAAACAGUUCAAUAAACAAAAACAUGUAUGAUGUGUAACUAUUUGUCAAAAAAACGAAGUGUGUUUUUUUAUCGUUGCAAAGGCGAGGAAUGCCAAUGCCACCCAGUAGUGGUGUGUGGACAAAAUCACGGAGGAAGAAAAGCCAGGAAAAAAAGCCAUACGUGUUGUCAUAAUUGCAUUGUUUGCUCUAUAACCUGUUAGUUCAUUUCCCUUGCCAACGUGAUAUAUAGGUCUAAGGCCGAGACAAUAAGAAGUAAAUAAAUUAAUUAAACCACAACUUUGUUUCAUCACAAAACCAGAGAGCAUAGUCAAGAAAGUUAAUGUUUCCGACAUUUUCGGACUACUAAACAACUAUUGAUUUAGAACCACGGAGAGUUACCGCAAGUCGCAAAGAAAACAUGAGCUGCCUCCACUAUUCCAGCACCAUUUCUACUUUAAUAUUUAAACAUAAUCAAAAUCACCUAUGCUAAGUCUAACACAGUGACAACUAAGAUACCAAAAACAAGAGCAGGAUGCAAUUAAUACUUGCUACCGUGCUACCUUUGACACCUUAAUUGCUACCCUCUUUAUCUGCCUUUCACUUCAACUGUCCUAGGUUAAUCUUUCAACGUCUCUUUCUAUAAUUUUCUCCAUAUUUUUAUCCUCCAAUCUCUUUCAUUUUGACAUAUUAUGCCUUUCAUUUUCACAUCCCUCUGCAUUUGUCCUUCUGAACCACUUACACUAACAAUCACUAUAAACACAGACAUCUCCUCACUCCUUCGCAGUCUGUUCUCAUCAACUGUACCAUACCUCUCUGUUGGACCAAAAAAUACAUUGGGUCUGUAGGCUUGUGUUUGACUUACUCAGUUUCUAGCCUUACAGUGAGGGAACAAAGUAUUUGAUCCCCUGCUGAUUUUGUACGUUUGCCCACUGACAAAGAAAUGAUCAGUCUAUAAUUUUAAUGGUAUGUUUAUUUGAACAGUGAGAGACAGAAUAACAACAAAAAAAUCCAGAAAAACGCAUGUCAAAAAUGUUAUAAAUUGAUUUGCAUUUAAUGAGGGAAAUAAGUAUUUGACCCCCUCUCAAUCAGAAUGAUUUCUGGAUCCCAGGUGUCUUUUAUACAGCUAACAAGCUGAGAUUAGGAGCACACUCUUAAAGGGAGUGCUCCUAAUCUGUUUGUUAACUGUAUAAAAGACACCUGUCCACAGAAGCAAUCAAUCAAUCAGAUUCCAAACUCUCCACCAUGGCCAAGACCAAAGAGCUCUCCAAGGAUGUCAGGGACAAGAUUGUAGACCUACACAAGGCUGGAAUGGGCUACAAGACCAUCGCCAAGCAGCUUGGUGAGAAGGUGACAACAGUUGGUGCGAUUAUUCGCAAAUGGAAGAAACACAAAAGAACUGUCAAUCUCCCUCGGCCUGGGGCUCCAUGCAAGAUCUCACCUCGUGGAGUUGCAAUGAUCAUGAGAACGGUGAGGAAUCAGCCCAGAACUACACGGGAGGAUCUUGUCAAUGAUCUCAAGGCAGCUGGGACCAUAGUCACCAAGAAAACAAUUGGUAACACACUACGCCGUGAAGGACUGAAAUCCUGCAGCGCCCGCAAGGUCCCCCUGCUCAAGAAAGCACAUAUACAGGCCGUCUGAAGUUUGCCAAUGAACAUCUGAAUGAUUCAGAGGAGAACUGGGUGAAAGUGUUGUGGUCAGAUGAGACCAAAAUGGAGCUCUUUGGCAUCAACUCAACUUGCCGUGUUUGGAGGAGGAGGAAUGCUGCCUAUGACCCCAAGAACACCAUCCCCACCGUCAAACAUGGAGGUGGAAACAUUAUGCUUUGGGGGUGUUUUUCUGCUAAGGGGACAGGACAACUUCACCGCAUCAAAGGGACGAUGGACAGGGCCAUGUACUGUCAAAUCUUGGGUGAGAACCUCCUUCCCUAAGCCAGGGCAUUGAAAAUGGGUCGUGGAUGGGUAUUCCAGCAUGACAAUGACCCAAAACACACGGCCAAGGCAACAAAGGAGUGGCUCAAGAAGAAGCACAUUAAGGUCCUGGAGUGGCCUAGCCAAUCUCCAGACCUUAAUCCCAUAGAAAAUCUGUGGAGGGAGCUGAAGGUUUUGUUGCCAAACGUCAGCCUCAAAACCUUAAUGAUUGGAGAAGAUCUGCAAAGAGGAGUGGGACAGAAUUCCUCCUGAGAUGUGUGCAAACCUGGUGGCCAACUACAAGAAACGUCUGACCUCUGUGAUUGCCAACAAGAGUUUUGCCACCAAGUACUAAGUCAUGGUUUGCAGAGGGGUCAAAUACUUAUUUCCCUCAUUAAAAUGCAAAUCAAUUUAACAUUUUUGACAUGCGUUUUUCUGGAUUUUGUUGUUGUUAUUCUGUCUCUCACUGUUCAAAUAAACCUACCAUAAAAAAUUGUAGACUGAUCAUUUCUUUGUCAGUGGGCAAAUGUACAAAAUCAGCAGGGGAUCAAAUACUUUCUUCCCUCACUGUAUCUCAGUCUCUCAACUUGUGUAAUACCUUGAAGCUUUUACAAAUGCACAUCUCAGCUUCCCCUGUUUGGCGGUACGGCAUUUACAGAUUUAUUGAUAUCAUCAACUCAGAGAAUGGGUUUUGGUGAAUGAGAGUGGAUGGGUUGCAGAUUGGUUCAAUCCGACUGAAGUCUUCCCACUGAUAAAUGGCCCACUUUGGGUAGUCAGCUGGCCAAUUGGCAACGUAAAUGAUUGGGGUUCAGAGAAGGGCAUCGAACCGGCACCGUUCACAACAUCAGACUAUUACCUGGCUCAUGAACAUGCUCAGGGGAGACUAAUUAAGGGCUCAUCUGGACAGUAGAUGCUCAUUUGGACAAGGGCACCCUAUUCCCUAUAAAGUGCACUUAUUUUGACCAGAGGUCUUUGGGUCAAAAGUAGUGCACUAUAAAAAGAACAAGGUCCAAUUUGGGAUGCAUCCCUGGACACUGUUGGUCUAAUAUGCUCUUUCUAGGGGUGUAGAACACUCGUCCUCCCCCUCUCCCAAUCCAUGCUAAAGAAACAAAUACCUAUUAUUUCAGACAAAAAACACGAUAUGUUACCUGUAAAGAGAAUAAGGCAAUGUUUAUAUGAAAGCCAUUUCAAACAGUCCUUUAUUUACCACUUUCUUGCACGUAUACCCCGUUUUAUACAUCCCAGUGCGUAGCCUGCACCUGUGAGGGGUGGGAAUAGGGGUUGCCCAUCUGGCCAUACUUGUAAUCGUAUCCGUAAUUGACAGUUUAUAGUCGGAUCGAAUUAUACUAAUAAAUCAGAAAAACGUGUUUUAAAAUGCUUAAAUAGGCUUAUCCUCUCCCUGCACAUUUAUAAUCAGUGGCCAGUUUAUUAGUGUAAGAAAGCCUGUCCCUUUAAGAACUCAGUGAUGACGUCACAGCUAUCACAAGCUGGCAGAGUGUUUAGUUCAUUCCUAAGUGCAGCUCGCCACCUACUGCUGUGAACACAAAUCUCUGUUUUGGACAUUAUUUCCUUUCUGACCAAUUUAUAUAUCACUGUGCGUGAAUAUCAGAACUGUAAGCAAUGUAUUUGUUUUCCCCCUGUUUUACUGAUGAAGUUGUCAAUAGUUUAAGAAUAUUUUCCUCAUUGUUACAGCAUUAUGUAUCUUGUUUUUUUUGCUAUCUAACAUUGUUAGCUACAUUUUCAUCUGUCAUUGUUAGCUGGUUAGUCUGAUGUUGCUAGAUACUUGUAUUUUCAUUUCAGUCAUUGGAUUAUUAUAACAGAUGAGAGCUGUAUAUCUUGUUUUGUUAUUGCUAAAUGAACAUGUGCCUUAUCUUAGUAUUGAGGCCAUUGUUUAUUAUUAUUUCCAGACCACAUCUUGUAUGGAUAAAUGGACAGUUAAUUAAUUGGAUAAUCACAGCUGAGUGACAUAGCACAGAAAUUAUCCCUCACCGUCUCUAAUAGUAGUACAAUCUCCAUAACUUCACCUACUCAAUUAGUGUAUAAAUUCCAGAGGCAUCACCCUCUAAUUCAUGGUCCUUCAGAGUCGGAUUGAGUAAACCACCCGAAGAUAUGGAUCCAACACAUACGGAUGCACCUGACCCAUCCGUGCGGGCCCGUUCACAGAGAGAAAGACAUCCCCCAGCUCACCUGGGUGAUUAUGCUGUUGAAUAUCUCCCUCGCCAGGAACAACGCUUAUCCACAACUCAGGCACCCCCCUUAUUAGGAUGAAGGAGUAGUGGAGCGGACAUCCGAUCAGAGAGGAGUGCUACCAGCUCCAAGACACAGUGCCCACGCAUCGGUGAGCCGCUUCCCAGACCUAUCCGACCUCCAAGCAGCUAUGUUGGAGGAAACAAUGAAGCUCAUGGAGUUUAAUGACCUACAACGUCAGUAAGAGCAAGAUCGCAACGUCGACGUAGACUGUCGACGCAUAGCAGCCGAAGCCAGAGAAGCUCAGCGACAACAGGAAGAAGCUCAGCGUUGACAGGAGCUAGAGCUGGCCAAGCUUGUUACAUCUUUUCAUCAAGAAAAUGAUGGAGUUGAUGUAGUCAGAACCCAGAUGACUCAGUAAGAGCAGGGGAGCCCCUCAUGAGCACCGUCUGAUGAAUAAUGUGACAGCUUUGUGUCUGUUCCACUGACACAACCACGACAUGCCAACCUAGGAGAAAGAAGCAGAGCCUAUGAAGACUCACAUCUUCUCCCUGCCUACCCGAGACACUCUUCACCAGCUCCCAUGGUUCCGCACCCUGCUCCAGCUCCCGUGGUUCCGCACCCUGCUCCAGCUCCCGUGGUUCCGCACCCAGCUCCAGCUCCCGUGGUUCCGUACCCCGGACCAGCACCUGCGGCUCCGUACCCCGGACCAGUACCUGCGGCUCCGUACCCCGGACCAGCACCUGCGGCUCCAUACCCUAGACCAGGAUUCACACCACACCCUGUUCCAGGUGAACCCUACUUACCUGCGGGACAAAGCAUGCCUUAUCCAGCUCCAGCAGCACCAGGCUUUCAUGCAGGUUUAGGUGUGCCCUAUCCCAAUCCAGCAGCACCAUAUCCUGCCCCGGGACAGAUGGCACCCUACCCACCUGGCACGGAUCAGCUGAUUGCCUCAUUAUACGGCAUGCCGAAGCCGUCAUUUCCCUACUUUGAGAGCGGUAGAGAGAGUGACUUUGCCCUUCUCAAGAUGUCCCUAGAUGACCUGAUGAGCAGUCACAGACACCUAAACGAGCGGUAUACAGUGAUGGAAAAAAGUAUUUGAUCCCCUGCUGAUUUUGUACGUUUGCCCACUGACAAAGAAAUGAUCAGUCUAUAAUUUUAAUGGUAGGUUUAUUUGAACAGUGAGAGACAGAAUAACAACAUAAAAAUCCAGAAAAACACAUGUCAAAAAUGUUAUAAAUUGAUUUGCAUUUUAAUGAGGGAAAUAAGUAUUUGACCCCUCUGCAAAACAUGACUUAGUACUUGGUGGCAAAACCCUUGUUGGCAAUCACAGAGGUCAGAUGUUUUUUGUAGUUGGCCACCAGGUUUGCACACAUCUCAGGAGGGAUUUUGUCCCACUCCUCUUUGCAGAUCUUCUCCAAGUCAUUAAGGUUUCGAGGCUGACGUUUGGCAACUCGAACCUUCAGCUCCCUCCACAGAUUUUCUAUGGGAUUAAGGUCUGGAGACUGGCUAGGCCACUCCAGGACCUUAAUGUGCUUCUUCUUCAGCCACUCCUUUGUUGCUUUGUCCGUGUGUUUUGGGUCAUUGUCAUGCUGGAAUACGCAUCCACGACCCAUUUUCAAUGCCCUGGCUGAGGGAAGGAGGUUCUCACCCAAGAUUUGACAGUACAUGGCCCUGUCCAUCGUCCCUUUGAUGCGGUGAAGUUAGCAGAAAAACACCCCCAAAGCCUAAUGUUUCCACCUCCAUGUUUGACGGUGGGGAUGGUGUUCUUGGGGUCAUAGGCAGCAUUCCUCCUCCUCCAAACACGGCGAGUUGAGUUGAUGCCAAAGAGCUCCAUUUUGGUCUCAUCUGACCACAACAAUUUCACCCAGUUCUACUCUGAAUCAUUCAGAUGUUCAUUGGCAAACUUCAGACGGGCAUGUAUAUGUGCUUUCUUGAGCAGGGGGACCUUGCAGGCUCUGCAGGAUUUCAGUCCUUCACGGCGUAGUGUGUUACCAAUUGUUUUCUUGGUGACUAUGGUCCCAGCUGCCUUGAGAUCAUUGACAAGUUCAUCCCGUGUAGUUCUGGGCUUAUUCCUCACCGUUCUCAUGAUCAUUGCAACUCCACGAGGUGAGAUCUUGCAUGGAGCCCCAGGCCGAGGGAGAUUGACAGUUUCUUCCAUUUGCGAAUAAUUGCACCAACUGUUGUCACCUUCUCACCAAGCUGCUUGGCGAUGGUCUUGUAGCCCAUUCCAGCCUUGUGUAGGUCUACAAUCUUGUCCCUGACAUCCUUGGAGAGCUCUUUGGUCUUGGCCAUGGUGGAGAGUUUGGAAUCUGAUUGAUUGAUUGCUUCUGUGGACAUGUGUCUUUUAUACAGGUAACAAGCUGAGAUUAGGAGCACUCCCUUUAAGAGUGUGCUCCUAAUCUCAACUUGUUACCUGUAUAAAAGACACCUGGGAGCCAGAAAUCUUUCUGAUUGAGAGGGGGUCAAAUACUUAUUUCCCUCAUUAAAAUGCAAAUCAAUUUAUAACAUUUUUUACAUGUGUUUUUCUGGAUUUUUGUUGUUGUUAUUCUGUCUCUCACUGUUCAAAUAAACCUAGCAUUAAAAUUAUAGACUGAUCAUUUCUUUGUCAGUGGGCAAACGUACAAAAUCAGCAGGGGAUCAAAUACUUUUUUCCCUCACUGUAAGUAUCAAGUUCUUCUGGCCGACCUGAAACUACAGAGUGCAGUCCAGCUCGCUAAGGCCUACAUGCACAACCUGAGACCUUACACUGCUGCCUUAUAAGCCCUGCAGGACAAGUACGGUCAGCCCUGCCAACUCGUCCAGUGUGAGCUAGCCACCAUUUUAAACUCCCCUGCCGUCAGGUUCGGAGAUGCAGAAGUCUUCGACACCUUUGGCCUGUCUAUCCACUCACUGGUAGGCAUGCUCAGGACCCUUAAGGGGCAGAACGACUAUGAGCUCAGAUGUGGAUCCCAUGUCGACCGGCUCUGGAGCAAGAUGCCACAGAGCUACCGGGAUGAAUUUGUCGAGUACUGCUUCGAUCGCGGCAUCCUCAGGACUGGCACGGACCAGACGCACACCCUACAUGACUUGGCAGCCUGGUUGCAGAAGAAGUCCCAGGCUAAGCGCAUAUCAAGCAGAGCCGCAGCACUCUAUCAAUGUGAUAUGCCUAAGUCAUUCAAGAAAGACCACUGUGCCUUCAUAAGACAGAAGGGGAAAUCUGCUUCAAUCCUCUUCAACGAAGAUCCAAACCCCAAGGAGCCUGCUCAAUCCAAGGAGAAAUCCAAACCCAAGCCAUACUGUCCCCACUGUGACAAUAAAGAACACUUUCUCAACUCGUGAAGAGUUCAAGAAGCUGAACACAGGACAGAUCGUCAAGUGGAUAAAGGAUGGAAAAAGUUGUUGGAAGUGCGGACAAUCCCACAAAGCUGAUGCUUGCACCCUCAGACAACCUUGCAUGACAUGUAAAGAGCAGCACCUAACAAUCCUUCAUGACGACAUACAGGAAAACGAGAAAAGUGUGCUCAUGGUGAGUGUCCUUACGACCAAGGUGUACCUGGACAGACCCAACCAAUAGGCGAAAGUAAUGCUGAAGGUCGUGAAGGUCUUACUUCAGAAUGGAGACCGAGCCCUGGAAACAUACGCCGUGCUCGACAAUGGCUCGUAGCGUAGCAUCGUCCUGCCGCAGGCUGUUCAACAACUAAACCUCACUUCUGAACCUGAGACCCUCACCUUCAGGACAGUUCGUCAAGACGUUGUGCAACUGCAAGGUGCCUCAGUUACCUUUGAUGUGUCCCACCUGCUCAAACCUUUCAAGAAGUAUCGGAUAUGUCAGGCAUUCACCGCAGACAACCUAGGCCUUUCCGAACACUCCUUCCCAGUAGCAGCUCUCCAAAAGCGAUACGACCACCUCCGUAAGCUGCCUAAGGACCAAGCUCAACCUCUGCUGCUGAAUGGUUUAGACAUGCCUCACCUCCUGAUACCCAUACAGCCAGUCUGUACAGGCCCGUCUGGUGGACCCUUUACUGUCCACACCGAACUCAGCUGGUCCCUGCAAGCUUUGUCCACACAGAACCAGCUGAACAACAGUGCCUGCUCACCACUAUCGUUUCGCCAUACACCGAGCUCUUCAGAAACGAGGAGCGACUUUGGCAGAUCGAUACCCUUCCCUAUGUGAGUGAGAAGCUGGCGACUCGCUAGAAAUAAGACCAGCAAGCCAUGACACUACUCCAGACGUCCACCACUAGGAUAGAAGUUGAUGGCGUUCAGUGCUAUGCUUCACCCCUGCUUCGUCGAGUCAAUGAUGAAACUCUCCAUGCUUCAAAGGAAGCUGUACUGCCAAGCUUCCGUAGCAUGGACCAAAGACUUGCCAAAGACCAAAAACACGCCGAGGUGUACUGCCAGGAGCUCGAGAAGCUGCAGACUGCAGGCUACGUGUCACUGGUGCCACCCAAGGUAGCUGAACAACCUACUGGUUUACUCCUGGUCCUGGUUUAAAUCCCACCAUAUUGUGCAUCACAAUGGAAAGGAUAGGAUUGUGUUUAACUGUUCGUUCCAGCAUAAAGAACAGUCUCUCAAUGACCUUCUCCUCCCUGGACCAACAUUGGGACCAUCCCUGCUUGGUGUGCUCCUCAGAUUCCGUCAACAUGCCGUAGCUGUGAGUGGUGGCAAAGGUAUGUUUAAUCAGAUCUGUCUCUUACCAGCUGACAAACCGGUGCUACGCUUCAUCUGUUAGAACAUGCAUAGAACUGAAGAACCGAGCAUCUAUGAGUGGCAGGUCUUUCCAUUCGGCACAAUUUGUAGUCCUAUUGUGCCAUCUACGCUCUGCAACACGUUCAGGACAAUGUAGGAGCCAACCAAGACCUUGUGAAGUCAGUUGAGGAGUCAUUCUAUGUGGACAACUGCCUUCGAAGCAUCCCGUCUGCCGAUGAAGCAAGAGACCUUGUUAACGGACUUCGGCAGUUGCUCCAGACUGGAGGCUUUGAGAUAUGCCAGUGGUCAAGCAAUGUACCAGUUGUCAUCGCGCACCUAUCGUCCGAGGCCAGAUCUGAAAGCAGCGAACUGUGGCUUUCCCAAAGUAGCACGGAUCUCCAGGAACCAACCCUGGGGCUACGCCAGAAAUGCCUCAGAGACUCCUUGGGAUACAAGCACCGCACUGUGGAGUAUUCCAAACUUACAAUGAGGAAUAUCUACAGCGUGCACGUCUGUCACAACCUGAACCAAGGUACUCGUCCAGGACAUGUGGAAAGAAGGGAUAGGUUGGGACGACCCCAUUCAGCCUCAGAGCCUGCUGGACAGAUGGCUUGUCUGGGAACAAGAAAUUCCUGAACUUGUCCAGAUGUAACUCCCCAGAACUUAUGCACCUCCACAUAUUCUGUGAUGCAUCAGAGAGAGCAUAUGGCUCUGUUGACUACAUUCAGACUGUGGAUGACCAGGUCUCGUUCUGGCCAGGUCUUGCGUUGCGCCAAAGUAGCAGCUGUUGAUGCAACGCUUGGAGCUGAGUGCUGCAUUCACUGGGGCUCAGCUGGCCAGUGUCCUCCAAGCAAAACUCACCCUACCCAUCGGACAAGUCAUCCCCUGGUCCGAUUCCACCACAGUCCUUCAUUGGCUCAAGUCAGAAUCUUGUAGAUACAAGGAUUUCGUAGGAACAUAUGUUGCAGAGAUUCAGAACCUUACGGAUAUAGCCAAUUGGAGGUAUCUGGAUACCACGAACAACCCAGCGGAUGACAUCACUCGGUGCAAGACCUUGAAAGAGCUGGCCCAACCGCAUCGAUGGCACCAAGGCCCUGAGUUCCUCCAACACUCAGAAGAUCAGUGGCCUUCAUUGCCUUCUGCUGGCCCUGAGCCAAACUGAAGAAAUCAACCUUAUGCGGACAUGUCUGUCAGUUCCAGUCCUCAGCUCUCAGAUAUCAGCAAGUUUGAUACAUGAAAGACCUCAUGAAUGCAACAACUAGAUCCCUACACGGAGCGGCCGAUCCACUCUCCAGUUCACCUAGCGAAGUAGCAGACUACAUAGCCACAGAGAACGUCCUCCUGAAGCAAGCUCAGAUGGAAUCAUUUCCUGAAGAGGUCAAGGCCUUCAUGUCAAACCGGUCUAAACCUUCUAACAGUUGUCUGGGUCCCUUGUCUCCUGAGUACGAUAAGGAUUCAGGACUCCUUAGAGUUGGUGGUAGACUGUGCAGAGCAAAGCACCUGGAGAUGGAUGCUAUGCACCCCACCGUCUUGAUCUGCAUCUGCUGACCAAGCUACUCAUUCAAGAUUUCAACGGGACUCUCCUCCAUCCCGGCCCAGAGGGGGUUCUGGCAGAACUGCGUCGUAGAUACUGGAUUCUGCGGGAAAGGGAGGCCAUCCGGAAGUUUCAGCACACCUGUUUGCAAUGCCAAAGAUGGUGCGCCAAACCUGAAGUUCCUAAGAUGGUAGACCUACCUCCUGCUUGUCUGCGACUGUACAAGCCACCCUUCUACUGUACCGGAGUGGAUUGUUUCGGACCAUUCAACAUAAAAAUCUGCCAUCAGCAUGACGCAAGAGGAACCGGGAUGCGUUGGACCAGGUUAUGUUUUUCCACUCCUCAAUUGUCCAGUGUUGGUGAUCAUGUGCCCACUGGAGCUAAAAACAAACUUCUUGUUUUUAGCUGAUAGGAGUGGAACCCGGUGUGGACAAGUUGUGCGUUCCGAGAUGCCGUUCUACACACCACUGAUUCUUGCUAUUCUCCUUCGACCUCUCAUCAACAAGCUGUUUUUGCCCACAGGACUGCCGCUGACGAUGUUUUUUGUUUGUCGCACCAUUCUCGGUAAAACCUAGAAACUGUCGUAUGUGAAAAGCCCAGGAGGCCGGCUGUUUCUGAGAUACUGGAACCGAAGCACCUGGACCGACGAUCAUACCACGCUUAAAGUCGCUUAGGUUACUAAUUCUAACGUUCAAUCGAACAGUAACUGAAUGCCUCGAUGCCUGUUUUAUAUAGCAAGCCACAGCCAUGUGACUCACUGUCUGUAGGAGCGAACCAUUUUCGUGAUAAACUGGCCACUGAGUGUAUAUAAACCAAGGAAGCGACGCAGACCAGAAGCAGCGGAAUUGUGUCUGUUCUCAAAACUUGCAGCGGGCAGAUGAUCUGCUGUCACUCAUUCAGAACGCAGAUCGGCAUUUCAUAUUUCUUUCCUAGCCUCUUUCCACUUGUUAGAUAUUAUGCACAUUGAUAGCUUGCUAGAAAACGUCUUCGCCAACUGAUGUAUAAUAGAAGCAGCAGACAGUAGCAAUUGGAGCAAAACAUGCAAGGAGAAAUUACUGGUGAAAUCAUCAAGCAAUAAAGAGCAAGUGAACGGAGAGAAUGCCAAAGUAUUACUGUGAAGCUUUGUGAUUGGUUCACCCAGGUGAGCGUCGUCCCAAAGCCGGGACUUUUUGAAUGGCUCGGUUUUCACAGAGCCGUAGGCAGAAUUUAAGAAAAUACCGCAACGAUGACUAAUUCUCGAGGGAUUUAAAAUACCACGUUUUUUACCCCUGUGACGAAGACGCUGUGAGUCGAGAAGCAGGUGCAGGUGAAACGUUUAAUAAAACAACAAACAUGGGACGAGACAACAUAGACACUACUGCUAUGCAUAACCACAGGAACAAUACUGACUGGGGAAAGAACCUAAGGGAGUGCCAGAUAUAGGGGAGGUAAUAAAAGGCGGUAAUGGAGUCCAGGUGUGCCUCAUGAUGACGUGCAGGUGCGCGUAAUGAUUGAUGCCAGGUGUGUGUAAUGAUGGAUCCCAGGACCGGUGGUUAGUAUACCGGCUAGGUCGAACGCCGGAGGGGAGGAACGGGUAUAGACGUGACAACCCCCUAACCCUUUCAGAUAUAAAGAAAAGACGGUAUAAAGAAGACGGUAUGGUAAAGACUGGUUUUUGUCUAGAUUUAAAAAGGGAUAAAAGAUACGUAAGGGGGAGACAGAUGCCUGUGUCUAACUUUCAUUCCGUGGUUAGAAUUUAAAUGAAUCUUUAUAUCCCCCAAAAGGUCAUUGUAAAAUUCCUCCCUUAGGCAAUUUUUUCAUUCUUAUGCUCAUGAAAGUAGUGUUGAAUACAAAAGGUCAAGUUGAAUAUACCAGCAUCCGCACACACCACCCACUGUGUUAAGCUUUUACCGGCUGAAAGGUUUUCCCCCUAGUGUAUUUCCAAGUGCACUACUCUUUGUAAGUGUAGGUGUAUUCCUUCCUAGAUGCUAUGUAUCUAUAUUAUAAAAUCCUUCUCUGAUUGAUUCUCCCUUCUCUUCCUUUCAGGUUAAUGUGGUCCUACUACAGUGGGUAGCAUGGUUCCUACGUAUGAAGCGCCCAGGGGAGAAUGAUGACCCAGAGCGACCACCCUGCGCCCCCCACCUACGGCGCUGCUCCUCAAGCUCCCAGAGUGGUAGCAUCCCUAACCCUCCAGACCCCAAGCUCAACCCGCUGCACCCGCAGAACCUGGCCCCUCUCCAGGCUGGCCCCCUGCACGCAGGUCACCCCCACCUUCACGCACAGUCCAGCGCCAACAACGGAAACCUGCUCUAUAUCGGUUUCCAGAACCUGGACGACCCCCCACUGCUCCCGGAUCACAUCCAGAGUUACAGCAUUUCGGCCGGGCCUCCUCGAGUAGCAGGCAGCCCCCCUCCACCACCCCCCACCCCCAACGCGGACACCGUGGGCUGCCCUAGCACCAUUUCCAGUGGCGGGGGCUUUGGAAUGGGGGGUGGAGGACAGUACUCAGGGGGUAUAGGCGAUCCCCAGCUCCAGGCUAUUCUGGAGGAGGUGCGUUACAUGGCGGACCGCUUCCGUGAGCAGGAUGAGACAGAGAGCGUGGCCGACCAGUGGAAGUUUGCGGCAGCAGUCAUCGACCGGCUCUGCCUGGUGGCCUUCAGUAUGUUCAACAUCAUCUGUACCAUCGCCAUCCUCAUGUCCGCUCCCAACUUUGUCGAGGCCGCCUCCAAGGACUUCUUCUGA